AUAGGGGAAAACGGAAAGGCAAUUAACUUUGUAUUGUUCCUUUUUCUGUUUUCCAUAGAAUUUUGACUUCUGUUUUCAUGAUUAGUAAAUUGGUCUGAAGUUGCUUUAUGAGAUUUUUGGAAAAUUGUUUUGGUUAGAAAAUUGAGUGUGCAUGUUCUCAUCCUGAUUACGCAUCUAUUAAAUUAUGCAUCAUGAAUUCACAAAUCAAAUCUGCUCUGCUCCAAUUUAGUUGCCUUUAUCGACAUGCAUUCGAUUUCUUGAUCUAUUCUCUCUCUUCCCACGACCAUUGAUUUCUCUUCGAUUUCUCAUCUCGAUUUAAUUUUCUUUGUCAAUCCUUCCAUGGCCGAUUCGCCCAAGAAGAUUAUCAUCGACACCGACCCUGGCAUCGGGGAUCCGGUUGGGGCAGUAUUUUGCUGAUGACUUCUAUUCCUGUAGAUGAUGCUAUGGCGAUUUUUCUGGCUUUACAAUCGCCAGAGUUAGAAGUGCUUGGACUAACGACUAUUUUUGGGAAUGUUUAUACUACUCUUUCCACAAGAAAUGCGUUGCAUUUGUUGGAGAUUGCUGGUCGAACUGAUAUCCCAGUGGCUGAAGGAUCGCACGUCACAAUAACUAAUGGUACAAAGCUUCGUGUUGCUGAUUUUGUCCAUGGGAUCGAUGGACUUGGAAACCAAAAUUUUCCACCUCCAAAUGGGAAGCCAAUUGACCAGGCAGCUGCUGCUUUUCUUGUUGAGCAGGCAAAUCUUUACCCUGGAGAAGUAACAGUUGUGGCACUAGGACCACUUACAAAUAUUGCACUGGCUUUGCAAUUAGAUCCUGGAUUUCAAAAGAAAAUUGGGAAGAUUAUUAUUCUUGGUGGCGCAUUCUUUGUCAAUGGAAAUGUAAAUCCUGCUGCAGAAGCCAAUAUAUUUGGGGAUCCAGAAGCUGCAGAUAUGGUAUUCACAAGUGGAGCAAACGUGAUAGUUCUGGGGCUAAAUGUUACACAUCAAGUUGUCUUGACAGAGGCUGAUCGCGAAAAAUUGGCAAGUUCAGACGGGAAAUUUGCCAAGUAUCUCUGCAAAAUUAUGGACAUCUAUUUCUCUUACCACAAGGAUUCAUAUGAUAUAAAAGGAGUUUACCUCCAUGAUCCAGCAAUUGUGCUAGCGGCUGUCGAUCCCUCACUUUUCACAUACACAGAAGGAGUGGUUCGAGUCCAGACAACGGGCAUCACAAGAGGACUCACAAUUUUGUUCAACAAUCAGAAAAGGUUUGGUGAAGUGAGUGAAUGGUGUGAUAAGCCCACUGUGAAGGUGGCAAUCACAGUCGAUGCUCCGGCUGCUGUGAAACUUGUGAUGGACCGACUUAUCGCCUCGUAGAGUAUAUAAGAGAGUUACCAGUUAGAGAUUCUAUAUUCAGGAAUGUUUUAUAUUGUAUCACACAGGUUUUAGUUUCAUUGUCCAUUCAAUAAUUUAAGCCGUCUCACGGUGCAAAGGCCGUAUGAAUUAAAUAAAUGUUACUUUUAAGUCGGCUGAUUAACCUCUUCUCAUGUAAUUUGAUAUUGAGUUUCAUUAAUCCUCAAGAACUUCGGAAGGAUCUCAUUCAGCUGUCGUUAUGUUGCGUUUCCCCUGUUUACGGAUGAUAUCUCCUGAUGAAGAAUUUAAUUUGAUGUGGAUGUGAUUUCUGGCUGA